AUGCCCAUGGUACUAGCCUUUGUGGUGCUCGUCUUGCAAGCGUUCCUGUCGGCAGGCCAUUAUCCAGGUCAUUCUUAUUAUCGAGGCCUUUCAUCCAUUCCUCGUGAAUGCCAGGGCCGCUUCCCUCAGCUGACGAACUAUACAUAUGAUGGAUCCGAGCUGACGGUGAUCACCGUGUAUCCGUGGAAUUUCAAUCAGGUGGAGGCUGCAAACUUGUCCGGCGAAAUCCAUACGGCCUUUCAGGGGGACUUGCUCAUGAACCCCAAUGACUAUGGACAACUGGUGCAUCUCGAUUUCCAUGGCUCCUUGGACUUCGAGGCCAUAUGCUCCUUUCCAAGCAGCGGAGGCAAGCGGAGCUUCGAAUGCACCUCCGAAAACAUGUCGUACAUUAUGGAGUUCAGAAUCCGCGACUUCCAGCCGAAACGUUGUGUUGCGCGGAGCCUGGAGAUUGUGGGCGUGAGGGGUACCCCCGACAACAACAUGAGCGUCCAGGACGCCUUGGUGAACUACCCGUCCCCGGUGCUGUCGUUCCCUCGCAAGCGAAGCUCCUUGGCUUGCCUGGCCAAUGCAGUGAGCGGCUCCGAGGGCUCCAACGGAUCCAACGGCUAUCACAACUACCACCCUUCGGGGCCUUCCUCUCCCAAGAGCUAUGGCUAUGACAUCUAUGACCGCUACGGCCGCAAGCGCUAUGGCAAUUGGAAGAAGUGGAACAAGAAUUGGUGGCGCGCGAGCGGACGCGGGAACCUCGUGGAGGAGGCUUCAGAUGUCUCUACGAAUGUCUCUACGUGCGGCACUCCUCGGCUGAAUGGCGUAAUCCUUGAGAUUGUCGGAACAGUGGCUGCAAUUGACGGUCCGGUCAACGUGGCGGGAAAAGCGACCUUUCUUCAGUUCGAUGAACUGGGGCAACUCAGUUCAUCAGGCAAGUUCGUUCAGGCCAAGAUGGAGCUGUCCCAAAUCGGCCGGACCAGGCUCGCACAACGGCAGCUCUUCAUGUGUGUCCUUCGCGAGCAAGAAUCGGAAGGGUCCAUGCUGUGCAACAACCAGUUCCUGAACCUCCUUGGCGGUGCAGUCUUCAUAGGCGUUACACCAGCAAAUGCUUGUGUGCCAGCGAAGUUGCAGUUCUUUGCGCAGUACAGGUUUCUCCAGGAGACUACCUAUGGCCCUGCUUAUGGUGAAUCACUGGACUUUCCUGGCCUGACAGACUGCAAUGGUGGCUUUCCAAAGGUUUUAAAUGUGGAGUGCAACUUCACCGCAGAUGGAGGAACAGAAUUGGGUUACCUCGUCACCCAGGAGUUCCUGAGGCUUGAAUUCCAAGGUGACUUCAAUGGAACGGCCUCAGAGAACGGGCGUUUUGUCAGGACAAGCUCCUACGCAAACGAGUCAACUUAUUGCGCUUGGGAGCGUGGCAACACCCUCAGCUGUAUCUUCGGACAGACCUGCAUUGUCUUACGCGGCAGCGUCGCUGCGGACUCGCAGUGCAGCGCUGUGGAGUACCUGGGGCCAUUUGCGCUUACUUUACUUUUUCACAAGCUGUACUCAUAG